AUGUUGGUCGACAUAGGAAUGGAAGCUGGCUGUGAUAAUCUUGAGGUUCCACGACAUGUUGGGAAUGGAAGUGCAUCCCCCGUGAAAGGCACAAAGAGGAAAUUUGUUGUUGAUGCAACCAAAGGUGCAUCACCUGGUGUUAAUGCAAGUAACACUGGGCAGCACCUGCAUUCCCGCAGAAAAGGUAAGGGUCCUGGGAAACAUGCAAAGCUGGAAGACAACAAAGGUGCUACUAGGUUGGGGAGAGAUCAGACACCAAUCGGCGUAUUUGAAGAUGAAUGCGUUUUCUGCCAUUCAUUUAGAACCAGUGAGCAGUUCCAUGGUCCGAUGGUACUGUAUCACAAUAGAAGGAUUGUGCCCAGCGACGAGGGCAUCCCUACCAACGCCAUCUAUGUCCACGAGAAAUGCAUGGUUUGGGCCCCAAAAGUGGAAUCCAAUGGUGAUACUUUUAAGAAUGUGGAGAGUGAAAUCAAUCGUUCUAAAAGAUUGAGAUGCAGAAGAUGCAAACUCCGGGGAGCAGCGCUUGGUUGUAUUGACAACUCCUGCAGAAAAAGUUAUCAUGUCCCAUGUGCAAUGAUGAUACCAGAAUGCCGCUGGGAUGAUGAGAAUCGCCGUGUUUGGUGCCCCAAGCAUGCACCACCUGAUCAGAUGAGCUCACCAACAAUGGAGAGUGACACUCUUUCCCCCGUCCUUCAAAAUCAUUCCAGCCAAUGUCCAGCUAAAGAAGUUUCGGUCGAUUUCCAAAUGGAAGAUGAACGCAUUAAUCCAUUACCGUGCGAUGAGAAGAGCUCACAAAUAAUUGAAAGCGACAUUACUUCCGCUGUCCUUCAGAGUCAUUCCAGCCAAUGUCCAACUAAAGAAAUUUCGGUCAAUUGCCAAAUGGAAGAUGAACACAUUAAUCCAUUACCGGGCGAUGAGAUGAGCUCACCAAUAAUUGAAACUGACAUUACUUCCGCUGUCCUUCAGAAUCAUUCCUGCCAAUGUCCAGCUAAAGAAAUUUCGGUCGAUUGCCAAAUGGAAGAUGAACACAUUAAUCCAUUACCGGGCGAUGAGAUGAGCUCACCAAUAAUUGAAACUGACAUUACUUCCGCUGUCCUUCAGAAUCAUUCCAGCCAAUGUCCAGCUAAAGAAAUUUCCGGCGAUUGCCAAAUGGAAAAUGAACACAUUAAUCCACUCGCCACAUCAAAUUCUUCUUUGCCUGGACAUGUGCCUGGCCAAUAUUUAGUUAAAGGAGGAACAUCUGUCCUUCAUAGAAGGGAAGAUCUGCAAGUAGAUCAGCUGAACACCUUGAGUUCUUCCUUGCCUCAGGGCCUAUGUUCGGACAGAGGAAGAAUUUCUGCUAAUCACCGGAGAGAAGAAAAGCUAGUAAAUCAGUCUAGCACCCCUGUGGAUCAAUGGGUUUUGCUCGGUAUAUCUUUAAGUGCAUCAGAAAAGGAUUCCUUGAAGGAAUUUGCAUCCUUAACCUGUUCAACCUUGGCUGAGGAAUGGGACAAAAAUGUGACCCAUGUAAUUGUGGGCAGAAACGCCGGUGAUGCAUGUGGCAGAUCAUAUGAGGUCCUGAUGGCGAUACUCUCUGGGAAAUGGGUUGUCACAGCCGGAUGGAUUGUGGAUUGCUUGGUGGAACCGAUUCCAGAUCUAAAAACUUGCUUGGAAAAGCCGAUCCCAGGCCCGGAAAUUUCGUACGAGAUGAAUUUCUGUGAUGGUUCAUGCACAUCAGGUUAUGGACCAAUGAAAGGAAGAGCUAGAGCUGCUGAGCGGGCACCAAAACUGUUCUCGGGACUGCAUUUCUGCCUCAGCGCCUACAUAGACCCUGAAGACAGAGAAACCAUCCAAAGACUCGUAGCAGCUGGUGAAGGGCAAGUACUGGAGGGAAUCAGCCCAGACCGGUUGCACGAGAAUCUGAACAGGAAUCCAGCGGAGGUGUACUUCAUCUAUGACAGCGGCCCUCCAAGGAAGAUCACUUCGGAUUUCGAUCUUAUCCUUGGCAAGGAGAUUCAGGAGAGCGUCGAGUACGCGAAAUCGGGAGCACAGGUGAUCAGCCACAGGAGGCUGCUCGACGCUAUCCUGUGCUACGAUGCGUGGAUCCUGGAACGGAGGCCUCACCAAGAUAUGUGA